GUUGGAACAUGGCGAUUUUUUAAAAAAAAUGCGCGAUACCAUGCUUAUUGCCUUGGUCGGCGCUCAAGCGUUGCUUCUCGUUGGGAUCUUAGGAAAUCCCCUGCAGUACGGUAAUCCACCGAAUUAUCAAAGUUAUCCUGGCCCGCCACCGGGAUAUCAGAGCUGUCCGCGUCCGAUCAUGACAUGUGGACCGUAUCCCAGCAAUUACGAUCCCGAUGUGUUACAAGGGACGUGGUACAUAUACCGGCAUCUCCUGACGGGCCCGAACGGCAUCAACCGCGUCUACCGCGUGAAGUCUCUCGGCAAGACGUCCUUUCCGGGACAGACCAAUAUCCCCGCUGCCGCCCAGCGCACUGCGGUGUCCUUCUACGAAUCAGAGAACGCCACGACAUGUAGCAAUAUGGAUUUCCUGGGAUUCACCGCCUUCACCGGACUGCAGGUGGUUGACGGCUACGUCGACACGAAGCCAAUUCUGACCUUUACAUACUGCACCGUCUACCUGAACCUGGAUCAAGGCGUGUGGAUCCUGUACCGCUGCGCCAAGCCGAACCUGGCAACCGGUUAUUGUGAUACACCGCAUGUGGACGUGCGAGUCAAACAGCGUCCGGACGAGAUGACAACCGCCAAGCAAGCCGAGAUAGACGGGAUAAUCAACUGGCUCUUUGCCCCGUUCUGCCUAAACGCACAACAGAUUCCGAAGUGCGAGUAUGACAAAGAUAAACCGGAAUGCCCCGAAUCGGCUCCGACGCCGGAUGAACAGCGACGAAUCCGUGGACUGGCGGCAACAAAAGCGUGAAGAUACGAAAUGUAUUUUCUUGCCCCGGGUUUAGUUGCCUGUUUUUUGUUCGAAAAAUUAUAAAAGAUUUAGCAUGCGUCGCGCCAUCAUUUUCUUUAACUCGUGUUUCAUUUGUAUAUUGCAGUUACUCAUUACACAUGACAAUAAAUGACUAUAGGAGUGGCCUUGGAAUUAGAUUAGACUAUAGGAGUGGCCUUGGAAUUGUCUAUAAAAUAUGGUUGUCACUUAUUGUCCCACCUUACGGCUUGCCCAAGCUGUGUAUUCGCUGGGCAGACUUUCCGAUGCACAAUACUGGUUUUAAUUAUGUAAUCAAGGGUAAAAAAGUG